UCCAGGAGAACUCUGUAUACUCAUCGUUUUCUAAUACGCCAGCCACCUAAGAAUCGUUCCCUCUUCACAGAACAAACGAACUUUUAAAAGGGAACAUCGCGAAAAACUUCUGCAAAAACCGCCGCCGCACGAACGAGAUAUAAAAAGUGACAAUCGGCGCAUCGGAAAACAUCUGCCGACACCGCGAUGGAUUCCCCUAGUUUCCCACGGUUCGCGUGCAUCAUCAAGAAAAAGAGGGGCGCGAGCGGCAACAAGAAAAACGUCCAAAAUGACCGCCAUCGCAUGCGACGUGGUUCCAGUCUUUCGAAUCUGGAUCAAAUUUCGCAAGCUCUUCCGGAUUUGGUUAGAUGCACCACCGCGGAUCAGCAACUUUGCGUCGGUUCCGACGACUAUCUCCAGUCGAGUAGUCCGAAUAUGUCGAGGUCUUUUCUGGCUAGUAGUAAUACCCUGAGCAUCGGGGGUAGCUUCGGAGAUCUGAUGAACAUGAAACAAUUUGGUAGUAGCCAAUGGAGCCUGCGCAGCGAAAGCCUUAUAGCGAAGACAGUGCCCCUGUCAACGGUCACUCACAAAAGUUCUUUCAGCGCGUUCAAGGACCCCGUUUUCGAGGAUUUAAGUGGCUCAUUGACAGGGGCGCAGAGGACUUUGAGGCUUUCCAAAUUACUGGAGCAACACAGGACCAGCAGGAAUCACAGAAGUGGAAUG